CAUUUUGGAGGCUAUUUAAGUGGGGAAGAAGGCGGAAAUGGAAGGGUGGCAGGAGAAAGUCAUUCAAUGUUAAUGACCGUUGGGGGAGUUGGGCACCAUCCCAAAUCUUUAAUGCUCUUCCAAUCUCUACAUAUCCAACUCAACUUUACCCAUCAAUGCCCUUCCUCUCUCACUCCGUCAUCGAUCACCACCAUUUUCUUGCUUCUCUUUCUCACCUGGCAUGCUCUUUUGAUGUUAAGUUUCACCCUCAGUCUCUGUUUCUUGCUGCUAGAUUUCAUGCUUUAUUGAUUUCCCUCCAAGAUUGCAAGUUGAAAUCUUGAAGAUCUUUUUUGAGUCUUGACUCAGAGGAUUGAAUGCAUAGAAGCUUUGUAGUUAACGAUAUAUGUAAGAACAAGAUGGUUGGAAGUAUUGAGACAAUGAAUGUUCAUCAGAAUGGAUGGUCUGUUCACAAUGGUAAUGGUCUGGAAGGGAAGCUUGGUGAGCUUCGAAGCCUUCUUGGAAAGGCUGAUGGUGAUCCUCUGAGGAUUGUUGGUGUUGGGGCAGGUGCCUGGGGAAGCGUUUUUGCUGCUUUGCUGCAAGACAGUUAUGGUCAGUUUCGAGACAAGGUUCAAAUCAGGAUUUGGAGAAGGCCUGGAAGAGCUGUUGAUAGGGCCACAGCAGAACAUCUCUUUGAAGUGAUCAAUUCAAGAGAGGAUGUAUUGAGGAGGUUGAUCCGGCGAUGUGCCUACUUGAAAUAUGUUGAGGCAAGGCUAGGUGACCGGACUCUUUAUGCAGAUGAGAUUUUGAAAGAUGGGUUUUGCUUGAACAUGAUUGAUACUCCACUUUGUCCUCUGAAGGUUGUGACUAAUCUGCAAGAGGCUGUUUGGGAUGCAGAUAUUGUGGUGAAUGGUGUGCCUUCAACAGAAACAUAUGAGGUGUUCAACGAGAUUAGUCAUUAUUGGCAGGAGAGAAUCACCAUGCCUAUCAUUAUCUCUUUAGCAAAGGGCAUAGAGGCUGCAUUAGAACCCGUUGCCCAUAUAAUCACUCCCACGCAGAUGAUUAAUAGAGCAACUGGGGUGAGUAUGGAGAAUAUACUUUAUCUUGGCGGACCAAAUAUUGCUUCAGAAAUAUAUAACAAGGAAUAUGCUAAUGCUCGAAUAUGUGGAGCUGAUAAGUGGAGAGAGCCUCUUGCUAAAUUUCUAAGGCAACCGCAUUUCACCGUAUGGGACAACAGUGACCUUAUCACUCAUGAAGUAAUGGGUGGCCUGAAGAAUGUCUAUGCCAUUGGAGCUGGAAUGGUAGCAGCAAUUACUAACGAGAGUGCUACCAGCAAGUCAGUAUAUUUUGCACAUUGUACAUCAGAGAUGAUAUUUAUUACUCAUUUAUUGGCGGAAGAACCUGAGAAGCUUGCAGGGCCUUUGCUGGCAGACACUUAUGUAACCUUGUUAAAAGGUCGCAAUGCAUGGUAUGGCCAAAUGUUGGCCAAAGGGGAAUUGAACAGGGAUAUGGGUGAUAGCAUCAGUGGGAAAGGAAUGAUUCAGGGUGUUUCUGCAGUUAAAGCUUUCUAUGAAAUCCUGAGUCAGCCAAGCUUGAGUGUAUUGCAUCCUGAUGGAAAGAAACCUGUUGCACCUGUUGAGCUCUGCCCCAUCUUAAAAACACUGUACAAAAUACUUAUAUCAAGGGAAAAUUCAUCACAAGCUAUUCUUCAAGCACUAAGGGAUGAAACUUUGAACGAUCCCCGGGAACGCAUUGAGAUUGCACAAAGCCAUGCUUUCUAUAGGCCUUCUCUUCUUGGCCAGCCUUGACAUUUUCAUUGCUAUGAAAGUUAUUAUUUAAUAAAAUAUAUAAAAGAAAUUGUUAUAUGAACAUGAACCAAAACAUACUGAUUCUGUAAUGAAUAUUUCAUCAUCUAAUAGUGUGAAAAGCCUAUGGUAAAUCAGUUCCAUCUUUGCUUUCAA